AUGGCAGUGGCAGCUUCAGCUGCAGCAAUGAAUAAUAAUGGGAAUGCCAAUCCAACUACAAGAAGGGAUAAUGUUCAAAAUCAAUCAACCACCAUUGUGUGGAAAUCCCCUCCUAAUAGUUUUGUGAAAAUCAACUUUGAUGAUUUUGUUUACAGGAACUCUGCUGCAGGGGGUUUUAUCAUUCGAGACUACAAUGGUCAACUUUUAUUUGCAGUUGCUAAAAUAUCGGGAAACACAAUAGUACUAGUAGUAGAAGCCACAACACUUGGAGAUAGCCUUGCCAGUGCUCAAGAGAGAGGUUACAGGAAGAUUGAAGUGGAGGGUUACUCAAAGCUAGUAAUUGAUGAUGUUAAUGGAGCUAUCAAUCUGUCUUCGAGACUAAUCAAGAUUAUAUAG